AUGUUUAAUAUCUUCAUAUUUUGCUACAUUGGUGAUCUCGUUACGGAGCAGUGUAAAAAAGUUGGCGAAGCAGCCUACAUGACAAAUUGGUAUCAGUUGCCGCACAAAACUAUGCUCAGUCUGAUUUUAAUCAUCUUACGAUCGAGCAUAGUUAUCAAAAUCACGGCGGGAAAAAUAUUUCACAUGUCACUCUCAACUUUCGGUGAUGUAAUUAAAACUUCUAUGGCAUAUCUGAAUAUGCUCAGAACUUUAACCAUGUAA